AUGAAGGGGGCUGUGGAGAAGAGCCGCGGCAAGGCUCUGGCGUCUUUCUUCUCCCUCCUGCUGCUGCCCAGCAUCUCGAUCGAUGCUUGUGCAGGAUCAUCAUCGUCAUCAUCAUAUCAUCAGCAGCAUCCGCAGCGCAGGCACGGCGCAUUUUUUGCGCGGCAGUUGGGGGGAAGUUGGGAGGGGGGGAGAGGAAGGGCUUACGGCGCCGACACUGUGAGCACACACACCCCCCGCCCCUGGGUCCGGCGCAGGGUGUUCCUGUCGGAUAUCUUGCAAAAGCGGGGAGCCGAUGACUUCUUUUCCGCACCGUUGUCGAGAUUGGCGCUGCCCGCCGCACAAGCAAGGGUGGGUGGUCAGCUUGUGCAGGGCCUGCUUUCCUUGCCCGGCGGCGGGAAUUGGGCCCGGUACGAGCGCGGGCGGGUGUGA